GAGCAGCGGAGAGGAACCCGAUCGAGAUCGGUCGCUGCUUGCCUCCUCUUCCCCUGUCAUAAUACUUCGUGUAACAUGGACGGAGCUCCGGCGAACGACUUCCCGGUGGCGCUGACGCACGGCGGCCGGUAUUUGCAGUACAACAUCUUCGGCAAUCUGUUCGAGAUUACAUCGAAGUAUCGCCCGCCGAUUAUGCCGAUCGGGAGAGGCGCAUACGGGAUCGUCUGUUCGGUGAUGAAUUCAGAAACUGGGGAGAUGGUCGCCAUCAAGAAAAUUGCCAACGCCUUCGACAACCACAUGGACGCGAAGCGAACGCUACGGGAGAUCAAGCUCCUCAGGCACUUGGACCAUGAGAACGUUAUUGGAAUCAGGGAUGUGAUUCCCCCACCGAUUCCUCAAGCAUUUAAUGAUGUCUAUAUCGCCACCGAGCUCAUGGAUACCGACCUUCAUCAUAUAAUCCGUUCUAAUCAACAAUUAUCGGAGGAGCAUUGUCAGUACUUUUUGUAUCAGAUUCUUCGUGGAUUGAAAUACAUACAUUCAGCGAAAGUUAUUCAUCGAGAUCUGAAGCCGAGCAAUCUUCUGCUGAAUGCAAACUGUGAUCUUAAGAUCUGUGAUUUCGGUCUCGCCCGCCCUGCUUCGGAGAAUGAGAUCAUGACGGAGUACGUGGUGACCAGAUGGUACAGAGCGCCUGAGUUGCUGCUGAACUCGACGGACUACACUGCAGCCAUCGAUGUGUGGUCCGUUGGUUGCAUCUUCAUGGAGCUGAUGAACAGGCAAACCCUGUUCCCGGGAAGGGAUCACAUGCACCAGAUGCGUUUGAUAACGGAGAUUAUUGGCACUCCAACGGAACCCGAGCUUGGAUUUCUUCGGAGUGAAGAUGCAAGAAGGUACAUGAGGCAUCUCCCGCGUUAUCCUCCUCGGUCGUUCGUAGGUCUAUACCCGCAUAUCAAUCCAGUUGCCAUUGAUCUCGUUGAAAGAAUGCUCACAUUUGAUCCCACCAGGAGAAUUACAGUCGAAGAAGCAUUGGAUCAUCCAUACCUCGAGAGAUUGCAUGAUGUUGCUGAUGAACCCACUUGCAUGGACCCUUUCUCCUUUGAUUUUGAGCAACAUGCCCUCACGGAAGAGCAGAUGAAGGAGCUGAUACACAGAGAGUCUAUAGCGUUCAAUCCAGACUACAAGUGCUGAGGGAAAUCGGUUCAUUUGAAAUUUGUCAUCAGCUGGUGCUGUGUAUACUACAAAGCAUGAAGAAUUGGUGAUGUGAAUCUAUUUUUUGCAUUCUUUA